AUAAUGCAAAAGUAUCAAAUCAAUCCAGAAUCCAGAUCUUCUGGAAGCAAAGUAGUUCACAAGACUUUGUAGAGUAAAGACAGAUAAGUUUUGAACAGACUGAAGCAAUUUUUAGAUUCCUCAAGUCAAUUUCUCUCCCCAAACAGCUUCCGUGAAUGACAAAUUGCUAAAUCUAAGGGUAAUACUCUGUUACAGUUUCUCUCUUCGCUUUCAGUUUUUCGUUUUUCUGCAAUUCCAAUUACUUCUAAGCUCUCUCUGUCCUUCCUUACUAUGGAGAUUUGAUAAACAACCAAUCAGAUUUGCUGACGAACCCCAUUUAUCAUCUAGGGUUUGCUUCAGAAUGCUUUUGAAACAUUAAAGUUCAACACUUCAGCACUUGGGAUCUUAAUGCUGUUUCUUGUUUACUCUGAUCUAGGAGUGUAGCUUUUACCAUUUACUUGUGUCUGUUUUUGGUGCUGUUGUUUGAUCUGUAAUGCAUACUUCAAUUUUCUUUUCUUGUAGAUUGAUUUCAAGAACAAGUCAUGCUAACUCUUUCCAAGUUUCAUGUGAUACUAAUCCCAAUACUCUUCUUCAUUACGCUUCUUUCGCCAUUGUUCUCCAUUGCUCUACCUAUCAACAUUUGGCCAAAGCCGAGAUUUCUCUCAUGGCCUCAACAUAAAGCCAUUGCACUCUCUCCAAAUUUCACUAUCCUUGCCCCUGAACACCAAUACCUUUCGGCCUCUGUAACACGGUAUCACAACCUGAUCCGUUCUGAGAAUUACUCGCCUCUCAUUAGCUAUCCUGUCAAACUUAUGAAAAGAUACACCUUGAGGAACCUUGUAGUCACUGUUACCGAUUUUUCUCUUCCGCUUCACCACGGUGUUGAUGAGUCUUACAAACUCUCCAUCCCCAUUGGCAGCUUCUCCGCGCACUUGUUAGCUCAUUCGGCUUGGGGAGCUAUGCGUGGCCUUGAGACAUUCUCUCAGAUGAUUUGGGGAACAUCUCCUGAUUUGUGCUUACCCGUUGGAAUUUAUAUUCAGGAUUCUCCUCUGUUUGGCCAUAGAGGUGUUUUGCUCGAUACAUCGAGGAAUUACUAUGGAGUAGAUGAUAUAAUGAGGACUAUUAAGGCCAUGAGUGCAAACAAACUCAAUGUGUUCCAUUGGCAUAUCACUGAUUCACAAUCUUUUCCACUGGUGCUUCCUUCUGAACCUUCACUUGCUGCAAAAGGAUCUCUUGGACCAGACAUGGUAUACACUCCCGAGGAUGUCUCAAAGAUUGUUCAGUAUGGUUUUGAGCAUGGUGUUAGAGUACUUCCUGAAAUAGACACUCCUGGUCAUACAGGAUCAUGGGGAGAAGCUUACCCGGAAAUUGUGACAUGUGCCAAUAUGUUCUGGUGGCCUGCUGGAAAAAGUUGGGAAGAGCGGUUAGCUAGUGAACCUGGGACUGGUCAGCUUAACCCUUUGAGUCCUAAAACAUAUGAAGUUGUUAAAAACGUCAUACAAGAUAUCGUUAAUCAAUUUCCAGAAUCUUUCUUUCAUGGAGGUGGAGAUGAAGUUAUCCCAGGCUGUUGGAAAACCGAUCCUGCCAUCAAUUCUUUCUUGUCCUCUGGUGGAACACUAAGCCAGCUUCUUGAAAAGUACAUAAACUCGACAUUACCUUACAUCGUGUCACAGAACCGCACAGUUGUUUACUGGGAAGAUGUUCUGUUGGAUGCACAAAUCAAGGCGGAUCCAUCUGUUCUUCCUAAAGAGCACACAAUCUUACAGACUUGGAAUAACGGUCCGGAGAACACAAAGAGAAUCGUAGCUGCUGGUUACAGAGUAAUUGUCUCUUCAUCAGAGUUCUACUACUUAGACUGUGGUCACGGCGGGUUUCUAGGGAAUGAUAGUAUAUAUGAUCAGAAAGAAAGCGGUGGCGGGUCUUGGUGUGCACCAUUUAAGACGUGGCAGAGCAUAUACAACUAUGAUAUAGCUGAUGGUUUGCUCAAUGAGGAAGAGAGGAAGCUGGUGCUAGGAGGAGAGGUUGCAUUGUGGUCAGAGCAAGCUGACUCGACGGUUUUAGACUCACGUCUUUGGCCACGUGCCUCUGCGUUGGCGGAGAGCUUGUGGUCAGGGAAUAGAGACGAGAGAGGUGUUAAGAGAUGUGGUGAAGCCGUGGACCGUUUAAACCUGUGGAGGUAUAGGAUGGUUAAGAGAGGGAUUGGAGCUGAACCUAUCCAACCAUUGUGGUGUUUGAAGAAUCCUGGAAUGUGUAAUACAGUCCAUGGUGCUCUUCAAGAUCAAUAAAAACAGAUAGUUUCGAAAUUGGAUCCGAGUCAAAGAAAGCAUAAACAUGCUCUUGAUCAGGCUCUUUUGAUUGUUGUAUACAUACUUUGCUUUGUAGUUGUGGGUUGUAAUUCUCAAAUCCUGAAGUAUGCGGGGUAUUUUGUAUGAAUAGUUGAAAGUUAUGGGGCAAAAAUGGAAAGUUUCUUUAUUUACCGUACUACGAAACAAUUAUCACAA